UAUUCAUGUUCAUUGUGUAAAUAUGCUACUGAUGAUAAAGAAUCAUUAAGAGAGCAUAUGUCACAUCACAAAAAUACAUCACAUACCAUAAGAAUUUAUGCCUGCUCCUAUUGCAAAAAACAAUCAACAUCUAUGGAUAUCAUAGAAAGGCAUUUAUCAAAUCAACAUCCAUCAGAGUAUAACAUCGUCGAAUGGAAAUGUGUGCUGUGCGGGUUGCAAAUGUUCAAUGAGUCAAUGAUGAGGAGACACGUCAUGUGCCAACAUUUAAAGUUAAAGCCAUUUUCAUGCAUCUAUUGUAAUGCACAUUAUUGGCAAAAACAGACGAUUGAAAAUCACGUUCGACAUAGUCAUGCCGACCAGGAACUCCAUUAUCAUUGUCAGAUAUGUGGCUAUCGUGCUAGCAGGCACGACAAGGCAAAAUAUCACAUCAUCAAAAAACAUCUAAAAAUUGGUUUAUACAGCUGCUCUCUUUGUAAGGUCAAAUUUGCAUUCAAUAAUCAUGCACGAGUUCACAGGUUGCAUGUCUGUGGAUACUGCGGCUACAAAAAUCGACUGGUCAAUAAAGUGCAGUUGCAUUGCACGUUGAAACAUCCAAGGCAAAAAUUCCUGUACAAAUGCAAUUUGUGUGAAUACAGUUCUGAUAAAGUAACAGUAAUACGACACCACGUCAUGUCCCAUUUGCUCUAUCACCCUUAUCAAUGUCCUUAUUGCGAUUCAGCUAAAUCAGUUAAAAGUUCUCCGAUAACAAAGCAUGUUAAUUUGAAACAUCCCAAUGAAAUAGUUCGACAAUGUGGUUUCUGUAGCUUCACCUGUGAAAAUGAUGAGGAAUAUGAUGAACAUGUGAACACUCAUACGAAACUUAAGCCAAUAAAAUGCAAAUACUGUUUGUUUGCAUCGUUCACAUCUAGCGACAUGAAGAGACAUUUUGAGAGUAAACAU